AUGAUGUCGGAACUUGGGAAUAGGAGAAUUGACGACGAUGACGAAGAUGACGAUGUGGGAUGGGAAGAGGAUCUCGAUUUCCUUGUGAAACCCGACGAGGAAGCCGCUUCGGCGAAGGAUGAGCGUCAUGCUGAAGCGACAGGGGAGGCUGCGGGGGGUUUGGCGGAAGGGGAGGGAUUGGCGGAAGGAGCAACAGCUCCAGUCGCGGUAUCGGAUCAGGCGGAACAAGGAGGGCUGGCUGUUGCUGCAACGGACGACAUUAAUAAGGGGCCUGAGCCGCAGGUGUUCGACGAUGUUAACGAGCCUGAGGCUAAUAACGCGGAUGGGACUGAAAAGGCUACAGUAAGAGACGGAAACACGGAUGGAUCUGACGUUGAAUCUUUGGAAGAAAUCAAGGUGGAGGCGAGCAGUGCGAGUGACAAUAAAGAGGGAGGAGGCAUUGACGAGGGGUUGAAGGAGAUUAUUGACAUUGAUGCCAGGAAUACCAGAAACCCCAUUAGCAUGAUCCUGGAGGAGGAUAUUGAGUCUGCUACUAAAGGGGCAGAGGAAGUUCCAGACGUAGAGGGGCACCGGAGGGUGCCUCAACCCCCCCCACCGUUCGCUGCCUCCCUCGACCUCCUAUGCCUCAACGCCCGCCCACUAUCCACUGCAUCUCGUGCUCUCUCCACCACUGCUCUCUCUUCACCCCUCAGCACCGCUCAUCACCGCACCUGCUGGCUGCGCUCCACAUACCCCAUGAGAUGCCUCAUCGCCCGCCCACUAUCCACUGCCUCUCUCGCUCUCUCCACUGCUGCUUCAAGCCCAAUUGCCCUCGCCCCCCACCCCAGCAGGUGA